AAUUUCAAUUUUCUAUUGAAGAAAAUUAAUUUUCUGUUAUUUUUGAUAAUAUUACAAAAUCUGCUUCAAAUAAAUGUAUUUCUGGUACAUUCAAGAUCUUCGAUGGUAAAAAAAUUUUAAACAAUAAUGGCGAACACGUGUUUGGAAACGUUUAUGAUUGCAUACAUGUGUGUAAAAUAAUAUUUAAACAUUUGUAUGUUUUUAACAUUCUUCUCAAGUAUUCAAUAGAUUAUCAUUACUGAUCUGAAUGAACAAUGCUUCAAUUCAUUAAAUAGUAAUUACAGAUAUUAACUAUAGAAAAUCUACGAAUAGUCAAAUAUUUGUAAGUCAUGCAUUUAAAAAAUAUUUGGAGGUUAUACCCACAUAGCAAAUUAGUCUUUAACAAUGGAAAACGAUUUUAUACAAACAAAAAUAUUCUUAAUCUUCGAGAUAGAGAGAUAUUUCAGGAUUUAUUUCCACCAACUGCUGUUUCUGAAAUGAAGGAGCUUUUAAUCAAGUCACCUCAGUGUGUAUAUUCAGGUUUUGAUCCAACUGCUGAUAGCCUUCAUGUUGGCAAUUUAUUGGUUUUGAUGAAUCUACUCCAAUGGCAAAGAGCAGGACAUCAAGUAAUUAUUUUAAUAGGUGGAGCAACAGGACAGCUUGGGGAUCCAAGUCAUAGAACGAAAGAAAGAGAGGAAUUAAAUUCAACCGUACUCGCACAGAAUGUUGAAUCUAUUAAACAAAAUAUUGAAACGAUUUUUCAUAAUCAUGCAAAAUAUUUUUGGAAAAAUCAAAGCAAUUCUUUAAAACCUGCAAUUAUUAUAAAUAAUUUAGAUUGGUACAAAAACUUGAAUGUAAUUGAAUUUAUCAGAAGUGUUGGAAAACAUUUUAGACUUGGAACUAUGUUAGGACGAUCAUCUGUUCAAUCGAGGUUAAAUUCAGAAAGUGGCAUGAGUUUUACCGAAUUUUCUUAUCAAGUAUUUCAAGCCUAUGAUUGGCUUUAUUUACUUAAUAAGUAUAAAUGCUAUUUUCAAGUCGGUGGAAAUGAUCAAAUGGGAAAUAUCAUGUCCGGACAUGAUUUUAUAAACAAACUGACCAAAAAAGAUGUUUAUGGAUUAACCGUACCAUUAAUUACUACAGAAGGAGGUAAAAAAUUUGGAAAAUCGUCUGGAAAUGCUAUUUGGCUUUCACCACUCAGAUCUUCAAGUUUUAUAUUUUAUCAAUUCUUCGUAAGAACGCCAGAUAGUGAUGUUGAAAGGUUUUUAAAGUAUUUUACAUUUCUAACUAUUGGUGAAAUUGAGACUAUCAUGAAGAGACACAGACAAGCACCUGAAAAAAGACAGGCACAAAUGAUUUUAGCAGAGGAGGUGACUCGUUUAGUCCAUGGUGGACAAGGUUUGCAGUCUGCCAAGUCUACAUCCUCAGUUUUAUAUGAUAAUUCGAUUGAAUCAUUAUCACGAUUAAGUGCUGAAGAAGUGAUAAGUGUAUUUGAUGGUGCAAAUGUAGUGGAAAUACCACCUGAACCAGGUAUGACAGCUUACGGGCUGGCAAUGAAAAUAAACUGUUUUAAAAGUGAUCAUGAUGCUCUAAGAAUCAUCCCUGCUGGUGGAUUUUACAUUAACCACAAUAGAAUUACAAAUACUGAAGAAGUCAUAACACCAGGAAUUCAUAUAUUAGCAAAUAACUUAACUCUUGUACGAGUUGGAAAAAAAACUUACCAUGUGGUAAAAUGGUUGAUGUAAGCAAAUAGAAAAUAUGUAAAUGAAUUUUUUCAUUUAUAAAAUAUUUAGGGUAUGUACAUAAUAAUUUUAUAAAUAAAAUGGCUGAUAAGUCAAUCACAUUUUCAA